AUGGACCAGGCACACACCCGGGCUAUGGAGGCCCUACAACCGUUCAUCCAUCUCGCGACCUCCAGCAAUGCCCCGUCUCCUAAGUUCCUCUCCAAUCUCAUUUCGAACGCAACCUCCAGCCCCAAUACCUACGUCUUUGCCGAGCUUCUCGAGAUCCCCGCCAUCCAAUCUCUCAGAUCCGCCGACACUCCGCCAGAAUCCCAAGCUUACCUGACGCUCCUCGAGAUCUUUGCCUGGGGCACAUGGCAAGACUACCAGGCAACGCCAAACCUCCCCCAGCUCAACGAACAACAGACCCUCAAACUCCGACUCCUCUCGCUCCUCUCACUAGCCGCCACCACCAAACCCCUCACAUACGAAACCCUCAUGUCCGCCCUCUCCAUCUCCGCCCCUGCCGAGUUGGAAUCCCUCGUCACCACCGCCAUCUACGCCUCGCUCAUCGCCGCCCGCCUCUCCCCCGCCUCCAGCCCGCCCACCGUCAACGUCACCGCCGUCGCCCCGCUGCGCGACGUUAAACCCCAAUCCCUACCGACCAUGAUCUCCAUCCUCUCCGAGUGGGAGGCCUCCUGCGGCAACGUCAUUAGCGACAUCGAGGCUGAACUCGCCAAGAUCAAGACCGCCGCCGCCAAACGCCGCGCCCACGAGCACGCCCGCUCCGUCCUCUUCCAGAAGUCCCUCGCUGAGAUCGGUAAAUCCUCCGCCUCUGGACCCGAGGCGCUCGCCGCGUCCAAAUUGUACGGCCCGGGCGCCUCCGGAGGCUGGCAGAGAGGCAGUCUCGGCGGGAACAAGCGCGAGUUCAACCCCGAUGACUUGGACGAAGGGGACGACGGGUACUGGGAGAAUGGGCCGGACGGUGCCUAUGAUUUGCACGGGGUGGGCGCUCGCAUGGACAUCGACGAUGGCACGGCGUUCGCGAGAAUGGGAGCGGGAGCCAGACAUGCGAAGCGGGUGCUGGGGAAGAAGACGUAA